AUGUCGGCUGACACCGGACUGCCCAGCGGCUCGGUGUGUGGGCGGGAUCCUGAGGAGAACGGGGACGGAUUCUCUGACAUUAGCGACUCAGAACUAUUAACGCUCCAAGAUGAAAGCGAUCGCGACACAAACGAUGCUGCAUGUGUAUCACACAAGAAUGUCCAGUCGAGCGAAGAAGUGGUCCAAAGCUCUGGAAAUACUGAUGAACAUAAAGACACCACAGACAAUAUACAACAUGAUGAAAAACAACAGAUUAGUGAAAAUCCAGAAUGUAGCAAACUUUUACAAAGGAAGAGAAAGUACAUGCCAACAACCCCCUUACAGAAGUAUAAGAUGAAGUAUUUGUGUGUCACUGACCUGUGCUCCCAGAUGUGGUGUGAACAGCAGAUGGUGUACGGAUAUGAAAUUCCAGAGCUUGAGCAAGAGAAACCGCCUGUCAUGAAUGCCGGAGCCAGCAUACAUUUAGCCAGAGAGCUAGAACUACAUGAUGUUGUAUCAGUGAAAACACAGACGAAAGAAGAUGUUUGGGCAAUAAAAUUUCUUAAUGUCUUAUCUAUGAUACCUAUUUUGCAAUCAGGUGGCAAUGUUCGUGAGUUUCCAGUGUUUAGGGAACUUGAAGGUGUCUUAUUGGUGGGAGUAAUAGAUGAACUUGGGUACACCUCCAAAGGCCAGCUUGAGCUGAGAGAACUGAAAACACGAGCAAAUCCAUCACUGCCUGGGUGUGCCCAGAGUAAACAACAUAAUUUUCAGGUAUCUGUGUACAAGAUUCUCUUUGACGGUAUGGUGAUGGGACUUCUACAGCCAGAAAUAUUUGUCCAACACUUGCACUUGCGGUUAGACCAAAAAUUAGGUCCACAGGUGGCAGACCAUUCCCGCAAAGUAGGAUUAACUGUUUCUACCUUUGGUGACAUCUUAGAGUUGAUUUGUUUAAACUUACGAUUUUCUGAGCUCCCCAUGAUUGAUUGCUUGAAACUUGAGUAUUGCUAUCAAGAGGACAGUAGUCUAUUAGGAUGUGAAAUGCUAAAUUUUGAGGAGCAAAAUGUUAUGGACAGAUUACAUUUUUUAUUGUCAUACUGGAAAGGCGGCAGGGAAUUGCAAGGAGUUGAUAUUGAAGAAGCUUGGAAAUGUAGAACAUGUAGCUUUGUGGAGAUCUGUGAGUGGAGAAAUACAAAAGCUAAAGAAGCAAUCGACCGAAACCAGACCAAGAGGGGAAAAUGAGUACACCAGCCCAUUAUUUUGCAAUAUUAACAUUAACUUCAUUGAUUUGUAUAAUUUAUUGGACUAAAAUGUUUUUAUGAUAAAUGCCGGCUAAGAAAAACAUACAAAUUUGACUUUACUACAGUCUUACUAGUUAAGCAUUUUGGCUUUUCAUUGCUGAUAAAGUAGAAAUUUGUAUUCUGUUUAUCCAAUUCUUUGAAUCCAGUUUAAUAAGAAAUAUUAAUUAAUAAAUAAUUGUAAAUAGGCAUACAAAUAAACAAUGGAGUUCUGAACCCUAGUGUUUAAACUGUAACCCUAUAAAUCAUGAUGAUAUUAACAUGUUCUGUGAAGGUAACAAAUACCAAUAAUAUAGAUGCUAAACUAGGUUCCUAUACUAGAUGCCUAAUUAGAUGCCCUGACGUGCGUGUCACAAUAACCCCUCAGAGGAAGCUUUAUCGUGAAACGCACGUAAGAGGUCCACAGGAGAAGCUUUUCCUCUCCUUUUUCUUAAUUUGCUUACCGUACCUAAGAUGAUUUAAGUUAUCUUUUCGUCUGUGGCAUCUAAUUAGGAAUCUGCAGAAGACUGUUAUUGUAAUAUUAAAAUUAAAGAUAGCUCCUGGAUUGUAGGAGCCAAAGUUUAUAUUGACUUAACAUUGUGCUGCAGCAUCUAUAUUAUUGCUAUUUGUUACCUUCACAGAACAUUUAAAUAUCUUGAUUUCUAAAGUUACGGUUUAAGUGUUUUUAAUUGUGUAGCUGACACGACUGUUUGUUUAUUUUAUAAAAAUUGGAGUGAAUGGGGA